UCUAAUAAUGGCCGGAGCUCGCUGGGAGGGAGGUGUCGGCCCGGACACCCCGAGAGCGCGGUGGAUCCGCGCUCUGAGGCGCGAGGCGCGUGGCCUGGAAGCCGAGGGCGAGCAGGUGCUCGCACAUGCACCCCCUGUCGCCCUUGUAGCACCUGCUCGCCCUGUACGACGUGGAGGAUGCCUGGGCGCUCAGGGUCCUCUUCGGGGACGAGCCCACCCAGCCCGACCUGAUCCAGGAGAAUUGGGACUUGGAGCAGUGGGACUGAGGCCACUCCCCCCCCCCUUUCCAUUUAAUUUUAAGUUGAAAAAAUAA